UUCUCUUUUUUUUUUAAAAAAAAAAUUCUUCAAUGGAAAAAAAAGCUUCAAACCCAGAAAAAUGGCAAGCCAUGGUGUCGACGACGCUUGCAAAAGCCAAGCCUGAUCAAAUAUGGCCUCUCUUCACCGAUUUCUUCAACCUCCACAAGUGGCUCCCCUCGCUCGCCACGUGUCACGGAGUCCACGGAAACAACGGUGAGCCUGGCUGCGUUAGAUUCUGCUCCGGCUCCUCCAUCAAAUCCAACGGCGGAGACGCAGUCGCCGGGUGGUCAAAGGAGAGGCUCCUGACCGUUGAUCACGUUGACCGGGUGUUGAGCUACGAGAUAGUGGAGAGCAACAUCGGGUUCGAGUCGUACGUCUCAACGGUAAAGAUCUCGCCACGUGGCGGAGAGGGUUGCGUGAUUGAUUGGUUUUUCACCGUUGAUCCUGUGGAAGGUUGGUCGAUGGAUGAUCUGGUGAUCAAGUACGAGAAAGCUCUCGAGAUUAUCGCCAUGAACAUGGAGAAGACCGUUGUAUGUGAUUAAUUGUUAUAAAGAUCUGAAAAUGAAAGCUUUUCGUUUCCAUCCUCAUUUCAUCCCAAAUUUUAUGCUUCGUAGAAUAAAAUAUUAUCUUAAAUAUGUUUUGGUUAA